AUGCUCUGAAGGGACGACUUGUUGAGCUGUGCUGUCUGGGCCUUGGCGCAGGUUGCUCUUCGCUCCCCCCGCACCUACGACCCCCACGCGGCAUGCCUCAACAGGAGACAAGAUGAGGAGGCGCGAGUACAUCUGGGUCAUGUGGCGGCGGCCAAUCUCCGUGCUUAGAUGCAAGAUUGAUCUCGCGACAAGGGCUCCACAUGCAGGAGCCGGGUCUGGAUGCUGCAACUGCAACGUCUUCUGCAGUACAGACGUUGUCGGAGCUCACCCUUCCAUGCACUGUCAGCACGCAGCUGCCCCUCACCGAGUGCUCGUCCUUCGUUCUCCUCCUUCGUUCUCCCCUCCUUGCAUCGCUUUUUUUCUCGUCUUAUCGUCAACCAUCUAUUGGCGUUCCUUGGCUCACAUUGUAUGCAGGUUCGACAGAUACACCGGUCCUUAGGAACAUACCAGGGUACAUCCACGACAUCAUAUUCUAUGUUCUCGGUCUCCCGUUCCUUCCUCAGGGCAUCUCAUGAAAGCGAUGAUGGGGCGGGGCUCAGGCAUGUGUAUCUUCCUUACCCUUUCUUGCCCUGGAAUGUGACGAGGUGGAAGACCGGCGCAGGUACGGUAUGUAAUCCGGCAUCUUAGGUAGUCUGUACUCUUUUCUAUUCCCCCGGGGUGUUUUUCACGUCUGUC